AUGAGCCAUCCAACAGGAGGAGAAGAGGGUUUCCAGAUCACUGGUUUGGAAUUGUUGACCGACGAGACCAUCAACGACAAGAAGAAGAAGAAGCCCCAGCAUACUACUACAAACGCCAAGAAACCCAAAGCCAAAGCGAAAUCCAAGAUCACGGCCCAACCCGCGCUGUCUCCGAUCCACCAAAAGCCUCGCCUGGUGAUGAAUCGUAGCAAACCAGCUCCUGCGUUUAUUCGAGGAGGCAACAAGCCACUGAGUCGCACCAAAAGUCUACCGCGAUCUUUCCAGCGUCCUGAUGCGGCCAUGGCGAAACCCAUCUCACCGAAACGAGGCAAACUUAAGAAAACAAAGUCACAACAAGGCCGUCGCAUGUCCACAGACCAGCGUCGUCCUUCCUUGCCUCGUGUAAGUCGUCGUGUGAGUAUUGGCAAUGAAGAAGUGGGAGUCACCAAGACCACGUGGGGUCAAAAGCCACAACGAAAGCCGUCGCUGUCCGGUGGAAGUAAUCACGGCAAACAACAACAACAACAUCAACAAGGAAAUUACAACUCUCUCACGACACCACCACCUCCCGCAGCACUCAAGAAUACCAGUGACCACGACUCGGUCUCUCGUCGAUCCAGUAUUUCCAGCAAUGGAUCCAAUUUUUCCGAUUACGAUAUUUCCGACGAAGACGAUGCGCCACCAGCGAAAGGACCUUAUAUCGGAAACAGCAGCCGCAGCAAUAAUAAUGAUCCCAUGGGUCACAGCAGCAGCGGUCGUGGGAUCCCACAACGCAUCUUGAGCGACAAUCAUUCCGUCGUGAGCGAAUACUCGUAUGCCAAUGAUUCCCUCGAUUUGCGUCGCAACAGUAACAAUCGAAAGAAACAGCAACAGCAGCAACAACAACCAUCACGCACGGGACGAUCGCGCCAACGACCCUACGACGAAGAAGAGUAUUACGAUGAUUUGGACGACGAUUCCUGUGCGAAUGACACGUACGCCAAUGAUUCCCUCGAUCUCCGCCAGUACAAUAAGAAAAAAUUGGGAUAUGGAGAUGAAGACGAAGACUUUGAUGAUGACCUAUUGGAUGAUGAUGAUGACGACGAUGCGGAUACAUAUGCCAAUGAUUCUCUCGAUUUGAGACAAUACAACAAGAAAAAACUUGCCCGCGAAAAUAAUAAUCAAGAGGACGACGACUUGGACGAUGAUGAUGAUGAUUCUUGCGACGGGGAUACCUAUGCCGGUGAUUCGCUGGAUUUGAGGCAGUACAACAAAAAGAAAUUAACCCGAAAGGUCUCGGAAGGACUCGAUGAUUCUGCCGCUGGCAGCGCGUAUUCGUACGCGGUGGAUUCCGUCGACUUUCGAUCGUUUCGACGCAACAUUCAACGAAAAACCAGCGUCGAACAACAACAACAACAGCCGUCCAAUCAAGAUUUGGGAUAUGGCAAUAGUCCACCGACCACGGAAGAUUUGGGAUACGAACAAGAGCCCCAGCCGUUGGCGAAACAGGAAUCGUGGGAUGAUGAUGCCAGUUUUGAUGCCUACAAUAGCAACAAAACUCCCGUGGAUUACAUGACACGAAUUGUCAUGGGGUACCAAAAGAAAAGUAAUGGAGGACCAGAGAUGCGGAGAAUGUCAAACGAAUCCACGGCAUGCAGCAUUUACAGUUAUGCCUGUGAUUCUGUCGCCAUGAAGCCAACAAAGCAACGAAAGACAAAACUGCAAGAACCCGCCCCACCAGCAAAACAAGCGGUGGAUACCAAAAAGAUGUAUGCCAACACGGAAGGCUAUGAUGAUUGUUCGGAUGAUGACGAAGAUUACAGCGACAGUUCUCAUCAUGGUGGUAACAAUCCUUAUCUGUCCGCCAUGAUGGGAUACGGGGAUGCCGCCGGUGGUGGCCGUCGAUCCUCUGCCCAAGUCAAACAGUCCCAAAGCCACGAUGCAGGCAUGGAACGACGAUUCUCCUGCAACUCGUACUCCAAUGAUUCCGUGGAUCUGCGCAUGUUCAAAAAGGACCCAAGUUACAACGACGGAAGCGGCAGAAGAGGAAGCACUCAACGGCGAGAGUCCAUGGAUGAAAGUGUGGGUUCGGCCAUUUCAGCACGGGGAUUAGAUCCUGACUAUUUGAAUGAAAUCAUGGGAUAUGCGUUACAGCCAGGGACUAAUAUUGGGGGAACGGCAAACAAAAAUAACAAUUCACUCAUGGCAGUUCCUCGCCAGACAGAAGAUCCCGGUCCUCGUCAAUUACUGGUGACCACUGAGCCUGACAUGAUGGACUCCUUCACCAGCAUUGGGUCGGCGGGAGAUUGGGCAUUGUCGCCUAGUAGACCGUCCCAGCCAAAGGUUUCUCUGUCUGCUUCCAAAGUGAUGCAAGCAAGCAUGACCUCUUUGGGAGGAGUUGGCAUGGCGUUCAGAUCUCAAGCCGAAGAAGAGGACUGUGAGUACGAAGAUAUGGGCAUGGCGGCAGCUAGUUCUGGGUCGGCGGACUGA